UGACGUAAACUGGGGGCGCGCUUCCUCUUCAUUUUUGAGAGGGUACGAACAUCGGCGGCUGCAGAUGCUUGUAAAAUGCGCGUUAUAGCAGGUGUUUCAUAUAAUUAUGUGACUGUCAUCAGUGUGUUUUAUAACUGGACUCCGGGCGAAUGAGAGAAGAAGCGUUCUGUAGUGUGUAUCCUUGGCUUCAGCCUGACAGAUCCAAGUUCCGGGGAGUGAGUAGAUUCAAACUAAGUCAGGUCAGUUCGUUGAUAAUGGAGGCUUUCCUGUGGCCUCUGGUGAUCUUUCAUAUCAUCGUGGGCGUCGUUGGUUUGCCAGGUAACGCUCUCAUCGUUUUGGUGUAUGGAAGGAAACGACAGAUGAUGAGUCACGAUGUCUUUAUCCUCGCCCUGGCUGUAGCGGAUCUGAUGGUCUGUCUCUUUACCCCCGUCACCGUCUACCAUUGGUUCAUCAGCCGGUCAUACACAAGCGGACUUCUCUGCCGUCUAGUAUUAACUAUGACUUUCGUCACUGUUUACAACUCAUCCUAUCUGACCACUGCCAUUGCAGUGGACCGGUACCGGGCCAUCUGCCGGCCGCACCGGCGUUGCACGUCCACCGUGCGGCGCGCCAAAAUCACGGCAGCCCUAUGUCUGACUCUCGCGUUAAUUUCCAGCAUACCGGUGUUUGUCUCGUACGAUGUUCAGUUUGAAAACCCAUCCAACGAAACAGGAAUUUGCACCGCCAAUAAGAACGUACCUAGCUGGGUACAUACGUGCAUGCACUCGGUCACUUACACAUCCUCCCUGUCCACACUUGCAAUCACGAUUGUGUUUUAUGGGAAGGUGUACUUCUUCUUACGGAAACGAGCGGCUGUAGGCCUACGUCCCAACCAAGUCGCUCCGAACGAGGCAGCUGCAACUCCUGGAGCCUCACAUGAUCCUUCACCACUGGCACUGAAUGCACUGCUGGAUGCAAACGGGUCCUGUUAUAGAGUCUACAAUCCUGUUUCACGAAUCUCUCAGCAAUCUCCAUCCACUUCCCAGACCGUUGCAAACCCUUCGCAAGGGGCCGGGGCCGGGGCUACACAACUGUUUCUGGCUCACAGACAAGUUGUCCGCAACCCUGAGCCCCCAAAACGACAAGCAGAACAAGGGCAUCCAGGACAGCUUCGAGAAAAGCAGGAGCAAGAGACAUCAAUCAAGAGAAUCAGUACCAUAAACGCACGCGUCGACGCAGGCAUCGUGACAAACCAUCUGCGCCCCGCUAGACCCCCGCAAGUUCAGUUAGCCAGACGUCACGGCAAAACAACGAAAAUGCUGGUCAUCACUACCGUGGUAUUCUUCUCGACUUGGAUGCUGGCUCUUUGCCUUGUAUCCAUACUUCAUAGCAGCCAUGCACAGCUCUACAACAGCGACAAGAUCGGCUAUGCAAUCCUGUACCUCUUGAGCUACUCCUUCUACCUGAAUAACGCCGUUAACCCAUUCAUUUAUGCAUUUGUGAACAGGAAAUUCAGAGAGGAUUGCAGAAAGACGCUAGCGGCUAUGCGCCCCCGAUGUCUCCGAAAUUAAACCCUUUAACAAGAAGACAUGUCCAGGGUUUGUUACUCAUGAGUAAAGGUAACUACGUUGUGUCAUUGGGCAGGCCUAAGCCACUUCACCCCCAGUUGCCUCUCUCCACCCAGGAGUAUAAAUGGGUACCAGCAUUAUAGCUGGGGAGUAACCUGCGAUGGACUGGCAUCCCAUCAAGGGGAAAUAGAAAAUAUCCUCACUAGAUAAUCCAUGCCAAGGAAACCGGAGAUAAACUUCGACCUUAUGGGCCACAAUAUCUCGUGACAGACUUUACUUUGAAGUUAUGUGUUCUCACUUAAUUACCUAAUCACUUACAACUGGCGGCACCUUGUGUUAAACUUCGUAUUGAGAAUAAUUAUUAUGAACAAAGAAUAAGUUCAUAUGUACAUUAUCGCAAAAUUCCGAAUAGCACAAAAUAAUUGUAAUCUAUAUAUAUUCCCUCACUGGUGAGCGCUAUGCCGAAUUGACGAUCUUAUUCUUAAUUUUACCCGGUGAAACAACCGCUUGCAUUUCUUAUUGUUUGGUUGUCGUUAAAGCGUGUUUCAGAGUUUACUAUUUGCACCGUCUUGCAUGUUGCACCGAGUAGGCCCUAUAAUCAAUGUUAAAAAAAAAUCGUAUUUAUUGUGCAUUUUACCGUGCUUGUCACGAUUUUCAAUUGAUUUGUGGAACCAAUAAAAAAUAAAAAUACUUAAAAGAUAACAUAGGUUUUCCCGGCCAAUUUCCUGAAAUGAUCAUUCACUUCUGAAAAUUUCACUUCUUCAUUCCUUUUCGUCUGAAGUUGAAUGCACGUCUUUAAUCCCAUUUCAAGUCAACGACACUUCAAUCGUAUUUAUUGUCCGUGCAUUCUGUUUUGAGAAACAGACGGCCAAUUACGUUAUAU